CUUCAGCUGACCUCUCUCCGCCCCGCCUCCCCUUCCGUCUCUCCGCGCUCCAGCUCCACGCCAAUUAAACCCUACUCCUCUUGCGUUGCGUUAUCUGCGGUUCCGUCUCCCACUACUCGCGCACACGUAGAAACGGAAGGAGAAACAAACAAAAGGCGCCGAGUAACGCAGAUAGAGAGUUGUUUCCGCACCGAGCGCGUCCGCGGCAGUGUGUGUGUGUAGCGGUAGCGCACGCGCGGCUCGCGGGCGCGCCGGUUGCACCAGCUGUGCGUUGCGGCGACGAUGGAGGUGACGGCCGAGUUCGGCGGCGCCUACUACGGCGGCGCGGCGGGCCGCGAGAAGAAGGCGCUGCAGCAGGGGUGCGGGGACCACUUCGCCGUGGACGACCUCCUCGUGUUGCCCUACGGCGAGGAGGAUGAAACAACAAGGGAGGGUGAGGCCACCGGCGGUAAGGAGGAGGCUGCCGGCUUUGGGAACGCGUCGGCGGACUCGUCGACCAUAACGGCCCUGGAUAGCUGCAGCAAUUCCUUCGGCCUAGCCGACGGCGACUUCCCCGGCGAGCUGUGCGAGCCGUACGAUCAACUCGCGGAGCUGGAAUGGCUAUCCAACUAUAUGAACGAGGGAGACGACGCAUUCGCCACCGAGGACCUCCAGAAGCUGCAGCUCAUCUCCGGCAUCCCCUCCGGUGGGUUCUCGACGGCGAGCGUCCCGUCGGCUCAAGCUCAAGCUGCGUCGGCGGCUGCCUCCAUGGCAGUGCAGCCCGGCGGCUUCCUGCCGGAGGCCCCUGUCCCCGCCAAGGCACGAAGCAAGCGCUCCCGCGCUGCGCCUGGCAACUGGUCGUCCCGCCUGCUCGUGCUGCCGCCGCCUCCGGCCUCCCCGCCGUCCCCGGCAUCCAUGGCCAUCUCGCCGGCGGAGUCUGGCGUGUCGGCGCAUGCGUUCCCUAUUAAGAAGCCGUCGAAGCCGGCUAAGAAGAAAGACGCGCCGGCGCCACCGGCGCAGGCGCAGCUCUCGAGCGUGCCGGUGCACUCGGGCGGCUCGGCGCCAGCGGCCGCGGCCGGGGAAGGGAGGCGGUGCCUGCACUGCGAGACUGACAAGACGCCACAGUGGAGGACGGGGCCGAUGGGGCCCAAGACACUGUGCAACGCGUGCGGGGUGCGGUACAAGUCCGGGCGACUGGUGCCGGAGUACCGGCCGGCGGCGAGCCCCACCUUCAUGGUAUCGAAGCACUCCAACUCCCACCGCAAGGUGCUGGAGCUGCGCCGGCAGAAGGAGAUGCACCAGCAGACGCCGCAUCAUCACCAGCCGCAGGUGGCCGCCGCCGGUGGAGUGGGGAGCCUAAUGCACAUGCAGAGCUCCAUGCUGUUCGACGGAGUGUCGCCCGUCGUGAGCGGCGACGACUUCUUGAUCCACCACCACCUAAGGACAGACUUCCGGCCGCCCAUCUAGAGAUGAGUCGUGUGCUAGAAUUGAUCAAUUAGCCCAUGAAUAAUCUAAAAGAAACCCUUGAACCAAAAAAAAAACAGAAGAACUGAUAUUUUCUUAGGAGUUUCCCCAGUUUUUGUCUCUUUUCCCUUCGUUUAGUUUGUGCGCUUUUGCUCAGCUCGUCGAAUUUUUCGUGUCAAUUUUGUUUAUGAUGCUCUUUAAGUUUACCACCUUUUCUAGCCGGGAGUUGAUUUCUCUAGCUUCUACUUAUCUUCCUCUCUAUCUUGCCAUUUAAUUUGUAACGCAUUUCAAGGUACUUAAAUCUCUUCUUCCA